AUGGAUGCUGGGGACGCUGCAACGGAGGCAGGGCGCGUCGCAACGUUGGCUGGUGGCGUUGCAACGUUGGCUGGGGGCGUUGCAACGGAGGCAGGGUGCGUUGCAACGUUGGCCGGUGACGUUGCAACGGAGGCAGGUCGCUUUGCAACGGAUGCUGGGAUCGUUGCAACGGAAGCUGGGGGCAUUGCAACGUUGGCUGGGGGCGUUGCAACGGAUGCUGGGGACGUUGCAACGGAGGCAGGGCGCGUCGCAACGUUGGCUGGGGGCGCUGCAACGUUGGCUGGGGGCGUUGCAACGGAGGCAGGGUGCGUUGCAACGUUGGCCGGUGACGUUGCAACGGAGGCAGGUCGCUUUGCAACGGAUGCUGGGAUCGUUGCAACGGAAGCUGGGGGCAUUGCAACGUUGGCUGGGGGCGUUGCAACGGAUGCUGAGCGCGUUGCAACGUUGGCUGGUGACGUUGCAACGGAGGCAGGGCGCGUUGCAACGUUGGCUGGGGGCGUUGCAACGGAUGCUGGGGGCGUUGCAACGUUGGCUGGGGGCAGUGCAACGGAUGCUGGGGUCGGUGCAACGUUGGUCGUGCGCGUUGCAACAGAGGCAGGGCGCGUUGCAACGGAUGCUGGUGACGUUGCAACGGAGGCAGGGCGCGUUGCAACGUUGGCUGGGAGCGUUGCAACGGAGGCAGGGCGCGUUGCAACGUUGGCUGGGGGCGUUGCAACGGAUGCUGGGGACGGUGCAACGUUGGCUGGGCGCCUUGCAACGGAGGCAGGGUGCGUUGCAACGGAUGCUGGGUUAGGUGCAUCGUUGGCUGGUUUCGUUGCAACGGAGGCACCCGCCGUUGCAACGAUGGCUCGGAGCGUUGCAACGAAGGAGCCAAAUUUUCAUAUCUCAUAAUUGGCUCGUGCAUUUUUCGUGAAAUUUUGAGGGAACCUUG